ACUGGAGCGGGACAGAGGGGCGGGGCGCUCCGGGACCGAGGUGCGGACUUCCCGGAGGGCGUCCCCAGGCUGGAGUCCGACCCGAGUUCUCCGUGUUCACUCUUCGGGGUCCCCCGCCGCUCGGCGCCGCGCGCUCAGUCUCUUCAGGUCUCUAUCUCCUCUUGACCUUAUCAAACAACCAUGUCAUCAGAAUCAAGCAAGAAACGGAAGCCCAAAGUGAUCCGAAGUGAUGGAGCUCCAUCUGAAGGCAAGCGUAACCGUUCUGACACAGAACAGGAAGGUAAAUACUACAGCGAGGAGGCUGAGGUGGACCUGCGGGACCCUGGCAGAGACUAUGAGCUGUACAAGUACACGUGCCAGGAGUUGCAGAGGCUCAUGGCUGAGAUCCAGGACCUGAAGAGCCGAGGAGGCAAGGAUGUGGCAGUUGAGAUAGAAGAUCGGAGGAUCCAGAGCUGUGUGCAUUUCAUGACUCUAAAGAAGCUUAAUCGAUUAGCCCAUAUCAGGUUGAAGAAAGGAAGAGAUCAGACCCAUGAGGCCAAGCAGAAAGUAGAUGCCUAUCACCUGCAGCUCCAGAACCUGUUGUAUGAGGUGAUGCACCUGCAGAAAGAGAUCACCAAAUGUCUGGAGUUUAAGUCGAAGCAUGAAGAAAUUGAUCUGGUCAGUUUAGAGGAGUUUUAUAAGGAGGCUCCUCCAGAUAUUAGCAAGGCUGAAGUCACCAUGGGAGACCCUCACCAGCAAACCCUGGCACGUCUGGACUGGGAGCUGGAGCAGCGAAAAAGGCUGGCAGAGAAGUACCGAGAGUGCCUGUCCAACAAGGAGAAGAUCCUCAAGGAGAUUGAGGUGAAGAAGGAAUACCUGAGCAGCCUCCAGCCUCGUCUCAAUAGCAUUAUGCAGGCUUCCCUCCCAGUGCAAGAGUACCUAUUCAUGCCGUUCGACCAGGCUCACAAGCAGUAUGAGACAGCUAGACAUCUGCCACCGCCUCUCUAUGUCCUCUUUGUCCAGGCCACUGCGUAUGGGCAGGCCUGUGAUAAGACGUUGUCUGUGGCGAUCGAAGGCAGUGUGGAUGAAGCCAAGGCUCUAUUUAAGCCUCCUGAAGACUCCCAAGAUGAUGAGAGCGACUCCGAUGCUGAAGAGGAGCAGACCACGAAACGCCGGCGACCCACACUGGGAGUUCAGUUGGAUGACAAGCGCAAGGAGAUGCUGAAGAGGCACCCGCUAUCUGUCAUGCUGGACCUGAAGUGCAAAGAUGACAGUGUGCUUCACCUGACCUUCUACUACCUCAUGAACCUCAACAUCAUGACGGUAAAGGCCAAAGUGACAACCGCCACGGAGCUGAUCACCCCCAUCAGUGCAGGUGACUUGCUGUCUCCUGACUCAGUCCUGAGCUGUUUGUAUCCAGGGGAUCAUGGAAAGAAGACUCCGAAUCCAGCCAAUCAGUAUCAGUUUGAUAAAGUUGGCAUCCUGACUUUGAGAGACUACGUACUUGACCUAGGUCACCCCUAUUUGUGGGUACAGAAGCUAGGUGGCCUCCACUUCCCCAAAGAGCAGCCCCAGCACACGGUGAUUGCUGACCACUCGCUGAGCGCCAGCCACAUGGAGACCACCAUGAAACUGCUGAAGACCAGGGUUCAAUCCCGCCUGGCCCUCCACAAACAGUUUGCAUCCCUGGAACAUGGCAUUGUACCAGUUACCAGUGAUUGCCAGUACCUCUUUCCUGCAAAGGUUGUCUCCCGCCUGGUCAAGUGGGUGACAAUUGCCCAUGAGGAUUACAUGGAGCUGCAUUUCACCAAGGACAUUGUGGAGGCGGGACUGGCUGAGGACACCAAUCUUUACUACAUGGCACUCGUGGAAAGGGGCACAGCCAAACUCCAAGCUGCUGUGGUGCUGAACCCUGGCUACUCCUCCAUCCCACCCAUUUUCCAGCUGUGUCUGAACUGGAAAGGAGAGAAAACCAAUAGCAACGAUGACAACAUUCGGGCCAUGGAGAGCGAGGUCAACGUGUGCUACAAGGAGCUCUGUGGCCCCCGACCCAGCCAUCAGCUCUUGCCAACCAGUGCGCGCCUAUGUGUGCUGCUGGACGUCUACCUGGAGACGGAGAGCCACGACGACAGCGUGGAGGGGCCCAAGGAAUUUCCCCAGGAGAAGAUGUGUCUGCGGCUUUUCAGGGGUCCCAGCAGGAUGAAACCAUUUAAAUAUAACCACCCUCAAGGAUUCUUCAGCCAUCGCUGACCUCCCACUCAGCCUGCUGUUUUCUCCCUAGGCCCUAAGUGCUGUGCCUCUGCUUUCUGUUCUGGCCCACACGUGGCUCUUGAUAUUCUCCAAAGACAGAUUUUUUUUAUUUCUAGCCUAUUAAAGUGUCACUUGACCAAGUAGA